AUGGAUGCAGCCGCCCUCCUAAAAUCCCAAGGGUGGCGGGGCAAAGGCUUCUCCCUCCAUCCAACCGACAACGCGAUCGGCCUGGCCAAGCCCCUCCUCAUCUCUCGCAACACAGAUGGCCGCGGCAUCGGCCAAAAGACACACUACACGAGCGAUCAGUGGUGGCUCCAUGCCUUUGACCAAAAGCUCAAGGGGCUCGACACGUCCAAGAAGGGAACCGUAGUGCAGUCGGUAACACAGGGCAAACUGGACGCCAUUGUGAGCAACCAGCCUAACGGGAAAUACACGGGCGUCAGCGGGCUCUACGCCUCGUUCGUGCGGGGCGGCAUGCUGGAAGGAACGAUGGAAGUCGAAACUAUGGCGGGCGAGUCGACCGAUGCGACGCCGGUAACGUCAGAAGACAGCGAAGGGUCCGUCUCGAGGCACGAGAGGAAGGGGGGGUCCAAGGCGGAGAGAGCGGCGAGGCGAGCAGCGCGGCGGUUGCGCAAGGCCGAGAAGGCCGCGCGGAGGGCUGCCGAGGCUAAGGCGGCAGAGAAAGCUGCCAAGAAGGCUGCAAAGAAGGAGCUGAAGAGAGCUCGAAAAGCCAACGAGACAAAGGAGGAGAGGCGCGCCAGGAGAGCUGAGAGGAGGGCACGGAAGGAGGCUAAGAGGAGGAAAUGGGAGAGUCAAAAGUCGGAUCAAGGAUGA